UAGACCAAAGUCUUUCUAAGCAGAGAGACCAUAGUUUCAGGAGUGUUUAUGAACAACUGCAAGAGCUACUUUGAAGGGAAAGCUGGAUGUGAGUAACACAAGGGACAGUAAUAGAGAAAAUUAUGCCAGCCAAACAAAGGAGGGACAGAGAGGCAAUUGAAGACUGGACUCUGAGAAAGAUGUGCUGCGUCGCAUACCCUUGUCUUUUCCUUGCAGUGCUAUUUUUUUACUGCCCUCAGGGGACUAUGGGACAGAAUUUGCAAGAGCAGGACGGUGUGUGCAACGCUGAAGGAUGCUACUCUAUCCACCUCCAGCGCAAGACCUUCCGGGAGUCCUGGAGGAGCUGCAGGGAGAAAGGGGGAAACCUGGCUACAGUGAAACAGCCAGAGGAGGCCGCGCUGAUCCAUGAGCUGCUGUCGGCUGGUGAGCGGCGUGGCCCCCGGCCCAAACUCAGGCUGUGGAUCGGCCUCCAGCGACAGCCUCGCCAAUGCUCGGCCACACGCCCUCUGAGGGGCUUUACCUGGAUCACGGGGGACCAGGACACAGAAUACACAAACUGGCAGCGAGUCGACUUGCCAGGAGCCUGUUUGGCCCCUCGCUGUGUGGUCAUCACCUAUAACACUAUGGACAAAAGCAGCAGUGACCAGAACAACUUCAAGUGGCUGGAUGGCUCAUGCAUGCUGGCCGUAGAUGGCUUCUUGUGCCGCUACACAUACCAAAGCAUGUGUCUUGCCCUGCAGAGUGAAGGUAGGGGCCCCGCCCUCUACACCACCCCGUUUAACCUGCUCAGCACCCUGCUCACCCAUGUUCCCUUUGGCUCCGUGGCCACCCUGCCUUGCCCAGACGGUGCUAAGGGGGACCAGUCUGUGCUCUGCAUGAUACAUGGCUGGUCCAGGGAGGCGCCUCUCUGCUCGUACGCUUCCACGGACUGGUGCGAGAAAGACAACGGGGGCUGCGAGCACUACUGUACGAACACAGGCUCUGACUACCAUUGUGAGUGCUCAGAGGAUUUCAAGCUAGGUGAGGACGGGCAGAGCUGCCAGCCCCUGGAUCCUUGCCACAGUGCUGACUGUGAGUUUGAUUGUGAGCCCAGUCCUGGCGGAUACCGCUGCAAGUGCCCUGAGGGAUUUCUCCUCUCACAAGAUGGUAAAAACUGCCUUGACAUUGACGAGUGCUCCCAAAAUCCAUGUCCCCAGAUCUGCAUCAAUGCACCAGGAACAUUUGAGUGUCGCUGCAAUGAGGGCUAUCAGCUGUCUGAGUUUGGAGAGUGUUUGGAUGUGGAUGAAUGCAAAGAAGACAGCUGUGAGCACUCUUGUGAGAACUCCCCUGGGUCCUACACAUGCCUGUGUCAUGAUGGAUUCUCACCUGUAAUGGAGGAUUUAGCUCGUUGUGAAGAUACUGAUGAAUGCCAAAUUCCUGGCACUUGUGAGCAGAUAUGUGAAAAUUACAUUGGUGGAUUUGAGUGUCACUGUCAUACAGGCUAUGAGUUGCAGCAGGACCAGUAUUCAUGUCUACCCACUGAAGAGGAAACUGAACAUUACACAACUGUUGAGCCAGCUGCUCCAACGACUCUCCCAUGGGACACACCUAGCUAUAUGACUGAUGUGGUGACAGAGGCCAGUCUUCUAGAGUGGCUUACCGAUCCCCCACAUGUGGAAUGGCUCCCCACAGAUUUGGUCUGGUUUCCAGACAUUCCACAGGAGAACUACUUUACCUCUCAAGAACCCGAUGGGGCAGAGCGGACCUCUAGUUCUCCAAUCCAAGAUUGGCUAAUGGAUGCUACAACCUCAAAUAUACCUGCUGACACACACAGUGAGGUUGAACCAGACCAGUGGCUGGAUGAUAGCAGGAUAUCAGCAGCAAUUAAUGAGCUAGCACAAGGUGAAGGUGGAAAUUAUGGCAUACCAUUGACUGCGUCAUCCCUUCCACCAAAGGGAAUGGGAUAUUCCGACAGGGCAACUCCAUCAACAUCUCAAAUGCUUGAGGGACGAUUGUCACCAUCCUUCAGUCCAGAGCAUCAUGGCAAGAAGAAGCAUGAUAGAAGCUGGUUGCUUGUGGCGCUGUUAGUGCCUCUCUGUGUCUUUAUUGUGGUCAUGCUAGCUCUAGGUAUUGUGUACUGCACAAGCUUUGCUGUGGAGCCACGUAAUAAAAGUGUGACAGAUUGUUACAGUUGGACUUCCAACUCCAGACCUGCAAAAUCAAGCACUGCAAAACCACAGGCCUGAGGACUUUGAACAGGACAUUCUGACUAUUACAAAACAGAGGUGACCUCUGGAUGUUUCUCAAUCACACUGAUGCUAUUCUGGUAUUAUGCAUCAUCUUAAGGGUGGAAAAAUCCAUAAUUUGAUCACUCUGAUGUUGGAUAAUUUUUGAGCAAUUUAACCAAAGCAGUAUGUUUCCAGUUGGAAGUAAUGAGGGAUGUGGUACAUUUUAAUGCAGUCAUGUUUUAUAUCAGUAUUUUUGCUGUGUGUCUAUAUUUGCUAAUUAAACAGUGCUGUGGUGUUCAUAAUUUCACAUAAAGCUACAACCAGAACUUUAUCAGCAUUGAUUCUUUUGAGAUUGUGCGGUUUAAUAGUUUUUAUCUUUCUCAUACUAAAAUGGACAGAUAUGUAGCUGAUGUUUUUGUUGUUGUUUAGACUGGCUGUAAGAAUGGCUACUAUUCAUACCAUCAUUGAUUUAGAUUUUCCAACGUAUUUUGUUGAAUAUUGCCCAGUCCCAUGUAGUUUGAUACUAAAAAUGUGCUAAAGGCAAUCUUAAACAAGAUGUAUGAAAAUCUUGACUUAAUUCUCAACUUGUGUCUAUUCCUGACAAAGCCUUUGAAACGUGUUGAAGCAAUUUUGUAAAGCAAUGUUAUGCAAAACAUGGCCUACUGUACAAUUUACUAAUGUGAAUAUUUCACAAAGAACUUGAAAUUGCUGUCAAUUUGUAAUGUAUUGCGGUACAAUAUUAGCUUAAAAUUUAUAAUAAAAACAGAAUGAGGUUCGUCGUUUUGAGA